CUUUAUUAUCCAUUCCGAGCUGAGCCUGAACUCUGCAGCGAGCUAAUCUCGUCUCCCUCGUAAUCCCAUUUCACUACGCCAAGUUUCCGUUGCGAUUUUAAAUAAUUUAAUGCAUUUCCUGUAAAACCUAACCAGCCUUUGCAAACCACAGUGGGGAUGGAGAAAAUGUUGUUCCUUCAAGUGUCUACCAUGCCAAAAUCCUUCUCUCCUUUGUGUGCAGCAAACAUUGACCUUACUUUGCACCCUUCUACAUCGUUUUGUUUUCGAAAUCCUACUUCGAGGCCUUCUUCUUGUUCAUGCUUCAUCUUGUCCUCUCCUGUACAGAGCAGUCGCAUCCUAAAACCGGUUCUGUGUGUUCCAAGGAAGUCUGAUUCAAUAUCUGACCCUGAGCCCAACUCCAACCCUAAAGCAAAACCUAAGAAAAGAAGUCACCGCCUGAAAUCUGAAGCUCCCCAAAACGAUGAUGAUGAAAAUUCUGGUAAGACUAGGAUCUUCCCAACAACAAUCCCAAGGAAGCCAAGGCGUGGUCGUAGGAGUGAAGCAGCUGCAGUUGAGGAUUUUGUGCGCGACUCACUUGAACAGACAUUUGCAUCAAUCAGAGAGCAGAAUUCAGAAGUAUUCGAGAAUAAGGAAAAUAUACUGAAGGAAAGAGUUGAUGACAACAAGAUUGAUGCUGACAGCAGUGAAGAUGAUGAUGAUGAAAACAAGAGUGAGGAUGGUGUUGGUGGUAAUGGAAGAGGAAAGAAGAUGGUGGUUGAGGAGGAAAGCCCAAGUUGGCCACUUGAUGCUGAUGUGGGGUGGGGAAUUAGAGCAUCAGAGUAUUUUGAGCAGCACCCGAUCAAGAAUGCUGCAGGGGAAGAUGGUGUUGAGAUUGACUGGGAAGGAGAGAUCGAUGAUAACUGGGUGAAGGAGAUCAAUUGUCUGGAGUGGGAGAGCUUUGCUUUUCAUCCAAGCCCACUUAUUGUUUUUGUUUUUGAAAGAUACAACAGGGCAACUGAUAACUGGAAGGCUUUGAAAGAGCUAGAAAAGGCACUUAAGGUGUAUUGGAGUGCUAAAGAUCGGUUGCCUCCGCGGUCAGUAAAGAUAGACACCAAUAUUGAGAGAGAUUUGGCAUAUGCCCUUAAAGCUAGGGAGUGCCCGCAAAUUUUGUUUUUACGGGGAAACAGGAUCUUAUACAGGGAGAAAGAGUUUCGGACAGCAGAUGAGUUGGUCCAAAUGAUUGCACAUUUCUACUAUAAUGCAAAGAUGCCUUCAUGGAUCGAUGUUGCAGCUUUAUCUCCACCUUAGUAAUGUCAUCAUAGGCUUGGGAACAUUGGGGGUGUAAAUCGCACUAUAUGGGCGGAUAACAUCAUUAUUCCGCAUCUGCAUCCGCAUUAUGUGGAGAGUGAAUUGAAGGGUGAGUGGAAUCAUAACCACACAGGAGUGGACGAUUUUUUUGUACUAACCUCCUGUCAUAUCCGCUUUGUAUUUUUGGCUUC